AUGACUCGAACACUGCGUUAUCCGCGCCUAAUGUCAAUCGAAAAUUUUCGAAAUCCGAAUUUCCAACUGGUGGCCGAACUUUUGGAGUGGAUCGUCAAGAAAUUCGAGCCCGACGCAAGUCUUGACGCUCAAAUGAUUCAAACCGAGGCGGAUCGCGUCAAUUUUAUCAAAAAUGCGGUUCUUUUGAUGCUUCAGAAUUCGAGAAUCAAGAUGAAUCCCAAGAAAUUGUAUCAGGCCGACGGUCACGCUGUCCAAGAGCUCCUUCCAGCACUCAAAAUACUGUACAUGGCAAAAUCGGAGGACCCAAAUAUGGAUAGUGGUCCGAAAUGGACACAAGUCAAACAGAAAUUGUCGACCAAGAUGCAAGAAGUACGCAUAACCCGUCAACUCUCCUCGCAACUACCUGAAACUGGUGCUCUGCUCAGUGAGCUCAUCUCGAAACCCGAGUUUAUUUCGAAUCAACACGAGAGAGCCGCGUCGAGGGCGAUUCCUCUUGGAGACGCAGAGCGGACACUACAAACUACAGUUCAAGGAAUUGGAGCGGAGGCCGAACAGUUGUCGAACAAGCUUAACAACGUGGCAAGUGAUGAGGCGGAGCUUGACGAGAAAAUCGAGCGAAAAAAGAGGGAAUACGAGCAAUUGCAGAAGAGAUUUGCUAAAUUGCAGUCCUUCCGUCCUCAAUACAUGGAUGAAUACGAGAGAUAUGAAGAACGACUUCAGAAACUUUAUGAGGUCUACGUCCUAAACUUCCGCAACCUGUCGUAUCUCCGAAAAGUUCAUGAUGAUUUGGCAAAAUCCGAGCGUCAGCGACAAGAAGAACUCGAAAAGGCGAUGAGAUUGGCGGUCGAGAAGAUGCGGUUGGAGCAGGAGAAGAAGGAUGCGAUUGGGCUCACCGAGGAUGAUACGGAUGCGCCGCUAGUGGAUAGGCGGCAGUCCGUCCGCAAGGUGUACGGUAACAUGAUGGGCGGUGCAGACUCAUCGGAGUCUGAAGACGACGGUGACGACGAUAUAAUCCGAAUGGAAGAAGUGAAUAAUAUUAAAAAAGAGAUGGAAGAUGACGAUGAGGGCGUGGAUAACGACUAUAUGGUGGGGAUUACUGUAACACACGCCGACGAUACAAAGGACGAUUUGAGCAGUGGAGAUGAUUUUUGA